CGUCAUUUAAUCCAUUGGACUGACUUGCGGAUCUCUCUCGGUGUCGCAGUCGCAGUCGCAGUCGUUGUUGCUGUCAUCGCUGUUUCUGGUGUCGGUCGUGGUCGCAGCUUCUGUUGUCUCUGUCCGCAGUGUGUUGUAUGUUGUGUGCCCUGUGAUCUCUGGGGCUCGCCUCAUUCCCGACCAGACGCGCGGCGUUGAAACAAAGCGAAUCCCAUUCUGCAGAGAUCGUUAAAUUAUAUUUGUUUCGAUUGUGACCGAUUCGUCGCUCUAGUUGAAUCAAUACCGGGCCACAGUGAUAUGAAUGUUGGAGGUCUUUAGCAUAACAAAAGGCCAUCUAACAUCGAACAAAUGAUCGGCUUAAAGGUGUCAAUUAAUUGAACAUUUCGUUUGCUCAUAAAAAGGUGCUAAAAUUAUUUAAGCUGAAACGUGCCUAGCCAGCUAAUUUCAAUUCAAUUUGUGUGGUGCUUUGUUAAGAUGCGCUUCAAUUUCUCGAGCCACUCGGCUGCCCCAGCAGCAACAGCCACUCCAGCGACAGCACCAACAAAUGGCAACGAGAAGGCCACCCAGCCGUUGAAGAGGGGCAUUGAGGCCGAUCCCGAUUCCCUGGACAGUGUGAUCAGCAAUCCGCAAUCGUAUCCCAUCACCAUAGUGCCCAAUCGCCCCGCGAGCUUCUAUGGAGUAGCCCCAAAUGGCAAGGCAUUUCAGCGCCAGCCGAGCUGCAGAUCCCGCAAUUUUCGUCCUGGAAGUAUGCGGCGAGUGCGCAGAAGAGCCGUGUUCAAAAACGGUGACUGCAAUGUGGUGCAGAAGCACCUUCAGAGAAGGCGGGUCCGGUUUCUGCAGGACAUGUACACAACGAUGGUGGACUGGCAGUGGCGGUGGACGCUCCUAGCCUUUGCGCUGAGCUUCAUACUCUCGUGGUUGUUCUUUGCGCUCAUCUGGUGGCUGAUCAUCUACACACACGGGGAUCUGGAGGAGCUGCACAUGCCGGACAAUCAAGAGGAGUCUGGAUGGGCGCCUUGUGUGUCGGCCAUUGAUGGCUUCACCUCCUGCUUUUUGUUCUCCAUUGAGACGCAGCACACAAUUGGCUACGGCGUGCGGACCACUUCUCCCGAGUGUCCCGAGGCCAUAUUCAUGAUGUGCUUCCAGUCCAUCUAUGGCGUGAUGUCCUCGGCCUUCAUGGCGGGCAUCGUCUUUGCCAAGAUGACCCGGGCCAAGCAGCGCGCCCAGACGCUGCUAUUCUCCAAGCAGGCCGUCAUCUGCCAGCGCGACGGCUGCCUGUCGCUGAUGUUCCGGGUGGGUGACAUGCGGAAGUCCCACAUCAUCGGCGCCGGCGUCAGAGCCCAGCUGAUUCGCACGAAGAGCACCAAGGAGGGUGAGGUGAUGACGCAGUACUUCACGGAGCUGGAAAUCGGCAGCGACGACUCGGGCUCUGAUUUGUUCUUCAUCUGGCCCAUGAUCAUCGAGCACAAGAUCGACGAGAAUUCGCCGCUGUAUAAUCUGAAUGCUACUGACAUGCUGCAGGAUAGGUUCGAGAUUGUGGUCAUACUCGAGGGGACGGUGGAGUCGACGGGCCAGUCCACACAGGCCAGAUCGAGUUAUAUCAACACCGAGAUCCUGUGGGGCCACCGUUUCGAUCCUGUAGUGCUGUACAACAAGGAUCUGCAGGCCUAUGAGAUCGACUAUGGUCGCUUCAACGAGACCACUCAGGUGGACACGCCCCUGUGCAGUGCUCGUGAGCUAAACGAGAUCUACAAGAUCCAGGAGGGCUUCCGCACACCAGCUUCCCCCACGAUCCGUUCGAGGCCCUCUAGUUCCAGUUCCGGCUACCAGUCGCCCCAGGACCGUCGUCUGCGCUGGCAGCUCUCGGUGCCCUUGUAGAGCCUCCACUCCACUCCACUCUAUCGACACUUAAGGCAAAGCUAAACUGCUCUUACCCAUACGAAAAUAAGUUAAUAAACGCUCGAGUCCAAAUUGCAUGUCCCUGGAAGUCCAUACAAAUGA